AUGGACUACGACAAGACCGAGGAAAUUGUCGGCUUCCAGAAGGAAAUAAUCGACCGCAUCCCAGACAUCGUCGACCCCGACACUCGCAUGGAACUCAUCGAGGCCAUCGAGACCGACAUCGACAGCUCUGACCCGAACAGAAUCCGCCUCCUCUGGCACGUCCGCAGCAUGUACAUCAACAACGAAGAGCCCCCCGCUUCCAUGGUCAUCGCCCUGGCCCUGUGCUACAGAUCCGGCGCCCUGGAGGGUGAGCUCAAGGAGGUCCAGCAGACCUUCUACGAUCAGCAUCCCGACCUCGCCCACCACCUUGAGGAAUGGACCGUCCACGGUGCCGAAGUGCUUGGCAGGAAGCUCCGCGAGAAGGGCGAGAACAGACCCGGCAACGGCAAAGGACCCUCCCGCGCGGCCGCAGUCCGCGACGACGACGAGAUCCAGGAGAUCGGUUCAAGUCGCGCCGUGUCCAAGGGCAAGGGCAAGAGAGUCGCGCCUCAUGACGACUCCUACGACGACAUCAACCCUUUCAAGAAGCGAAUCGACAACACGGACGUCAACCACGUCGAUGACGAAAACACCCCGCGCCUGAACCUCCUCUUCCGCCACGAGACCCCCGAGGAGGUUCCCGAUCAUCUCUCCCCAGAAGACGACAACAACACCACCAGAACUCGAGAGACGACCCUGAACCUCAACAAGACCGACUUCCCCCGCGUUCCCAUCCGCGACGACCGCGCCGCCACGGCCGACGCCAUGCUCACCCCCCGCAACCCGGUCCCCAUCCCCCCCAAGGCCGCCUCCCUCCUCGCCCGCGACUGCGCCGCCAAGAUGCACACCGAGCGCAAGGAAGCCCGCCAGGCCGCCCGCGCCGAGAUGAAGCAGCGCCUCGUCGCCAUCACCGCGGACCUGACCGACAAGCUCUCCCACGCGAACACGCUCCGCCACGAACACGAGGACCUCCUGGCCAACCGCCCCGCCACGCUCAACGAGAAGACGAUGGCGGAGUUCAUCGCUAAAUCUCACGACCUCACCUCGCGCGCCAUGAAACACCAGACGGACGCCAUCCGCGGCAUCCUCGAGGUCGGCCGCGUGCGGGAGCAGCUCGCCACCUCCACGAUCCAACACCUCGAGGAGCGCGUCGACAACAUGGCCAAGUACAUGAAUGCGGUCAGCGAGUUCGCCCGCAACGAGGCGAUGCGGCGUGGAUUGAUGCAAGAGUGA